GUUCUAUUUAGGCAUAUUACAAGCAAACCAAUAAUACAAUGGGUAUCCUGUGGAGCAGAAUCCACGAAUCUCUCGUGAGUUUCUAUGGAAUGAAAGCAAAAAUCCUGCUGCUGGGUUUAGAUGCUGCUGGCAAAACUACAAUUUUAUAUAAGCUGAAGCUGAAUGAAGCUGUCACCACUAUCCCCACUAUUGGAUUCAAUGUGGAAACAGUGGAACCUAUGAGAAAUGUGUCAUUUACUGUGUGGGAUGUUGGUGGCCAAACAAAAAUCAGAUCCUUAUGGAAACAUUACUUUGUGAACACAGAUGGGCUGGUCUUUGUGGUGGACAGUGUGGACCCUGAAAGGUUUAAAGAAGCCCAGGAAGAACUGUUAGCUAUUCUAGAAGAUGAUGACAUGCAUUCAGUACCUUUUGUGAUUUUGGCCAACAAGCAGGACUUGGAGGGAGCUCUGAAGCCUUCAGAACUGGUUGAAGCAUUAGGCUUAAGGAAACUGCAGGGACAUGAGUGGCACGUGCAGGGAUGCUGUGCUGUGAACGGAGAUGGACUGGUGGAGGGACUGCAGAGGCUAUCUGAGAUGGUAAAACAGAACAAGAAAUAAAGACUAAUACAGUGAUAAUAAUAGACAAGUAUUUUAUACCUAAAUGAUGUAAAACAGAGAAUAAUUUAUAUAUCAAGUACAAAGUGCAGAAAUCUAAUAUACUCUAUAAAACUGUUUUUAUACUAAUUAAAUAACUACAUUUUAAAUAUUCUAAGCUACUGAACUGCUCGUGCUUUAGAAGUUAUUAUGUGAGCUUUGCCACAUUUUCCUCUCAGAGAAAAAAGGAUUUGCUCUUUUUUUCUUUUUGAGCUGUCUGUGUUUUGACAACAUACCUGCAAGCUUUUAUUUUGUCAUGUGAUAAUAUGAACACUGCAAAG